UGGUGGGAAUUCAACCCAAAUUGGAGCCGAUUCGAAACAUUGUGCACAUCCCAUCUCAACUCGAACCGAAUCGCAGAAGUUUUAGUAACGUGGGCCGUCCAAUUCGACAACCAGCGAGCAUCGGACGGUCGUGAUCUGGAAAGGUUACUUUCGUUAAUAACGAGCUAUGGAAACGUAGCGCGCGGCGGUCUUUAUUAGGGUUCCCUGUUCCGCCAUUAGGGUUCCUCGACGGCCGCUAGGGUUUCUUCGGCUCUGAACCAGAGAUGGCUCCGCAGCCGAACACGGGUCUCUUUGUCGGGCUGAACAAAGGCCACAUCGUCACCAAGCGGGAGCUGCCUCCUCGCCCUUCCAGCAGAAAAGGAAAAACCAGCAAAAGGGUGCACUUUGUGAGGAACUUAAUCAGGGAAGUUGCUGGGUUUGCUCCUUAUGAGAAGAGGAUCACUGAGCUUCUCAAAGUUGGAAAGGACAAGCGUGCAUUGAAAGUAGCAAAGAGAAAGUUGGGUACACACAAGAGAGCCAAGAAGAAGCGCGAGGAGAUGGCCAAUGUUCUCAGGAAGAUGAGGUCUGCUGGAGUGACUGAGAAGAAGAAAUAAAUGUUGUUGGGGGACUGCUGUGGUCAUGGUAUAGAGUAUCCCAAAGUUUCAGCUAUUCUGAGUCUUUGAGCUUAUGCAGUUGGUUUCAUUGUUUGCCCCUCUAAUGUAGGUUGAUCAAGACAGCGAGACAAUUUAUUUUGGAAAUUUGACUAUGUUGUACGAAAUCAUUAUUUCGAUAUUUGAGAGCAUUGUUGUUUGAUUGGUAGUAUUGAAUUAGUCAUGGAUGGUUGCAGCUAUGGUUCAAACCGAAUGGCAGAGGCCAUAUUACCAUUUGACUUGAAUCUCAAUAUCUGAAUGAGCUAUGUAUUGUGAUUGCAGACUCCCCAGUUGGUUUAGUGCUUACCAAAAAAAAUAAAAGAAUUCAGAUUCC